GGAAGUUACGACAUUUUGAUCGGAAGCAAAAAACGGGAGCUCGCUGGCUGUGAAGAAGAAGUUUAUUCAGAUCAGUGGUCACAAGGGUGUCUGGACGCAAACUCAAUUGUGAGCAUGGGAAAUAAGUCUGCAAAACAAAAGAACAAGAAGCAAAGUGAUGAGAUCCUGGUGAAGGUUGUACCUCCUCUGGACCGGACUUACAUGAGAUGGCUUGCUCGAGACAUUGCGAGAUUACAUGGCUUCUCUCCAAAGAAUCCUCAAGCUAUAGAGCCUCCAUCAAAUGUAAUCGAAUAUAUGCGCUUGUAUGGCUGGUUAGAUCUGGACAUGAAUGAUCCUGAUCUCGCUCCUUUGUUCAAGUAGAGAGUUCUUUGCCUGCUCGAAUCAAAGAGGGCCGCAGGUGUGUUUUAUCCUUUUAAAUUUGAGAAAAAUCUUAUGUUAUUAUGUUUGAUAUAAUUAUUUAUAUUAUAACAAAAUUUGUUUUUAUCUAUGUUAUUUUUGAUGUGUUUGGGACUGUUACAGCGUUAUGUAAAAGUGAUUAUGAAGUUGUUGUAGAAAAAUCAGCUUUUUAGAAAA